AGGCACUUUAAGGCAGAAUACUGCAGAAGGAGCAAGGCGGCUCUGGAGAUAAGUGAUGGCUCCAAUCAUAGUAGAUAGCAGCACUUCCAACUUGCCUGAGAGGGACAAUUAUGAAAACAGCAAUGGCUUUGUGCAUGUUAAAAACCCCCAUUUGGACCUGUUACCUGAGGACAUUCUCUACCACUUUGACCUGGGAACAAAGACCCAUGACCUCCCCCUGAUGUUUGGAGAUGUCAAGUUUGUGUGUGUCGGUGGCAGCCCGAACAGGAUGAGGGAAUAUGCAAGAUUCAUGCACAAGGAGCUGGGCCUGGAAGGAGAUGGGAAUAACAUCACAGAUAUAUGUGCCGGGACAGACAGAUACAGCAUGUACAAAUCUGGACCUGUGCUUUCUAUAAGUCAUGGCAUGGGUAUCCCUUCCAUCUCCAUCAUGCUACAUGAGCUCAUUAAGCUACUGCAUCACGCCAAAUGUCGGGAUGUCACAAUAAUCCGUAUCGGGACAUCUGGGGGAAUCGGCGUUACACCCGGGACUGUAGUAAUCACAGACAUUGCUGUGGAUGCCUUCUUCAGGCCGCAAUUUGAGCAGGCGAUUUUAGAUAAAGUGGUGGUCAGGAACACUGAGCUCCACCAGGAACUGGCAGAAAAUAUUCUCUGUUGCAGCGAUAAGAUCAACGACUUCCCAACUAUUAUUGGACACACCAUGUGCACAUAUGACUUUUAUGAAGGUCAGGGGAGAUUGGAUGGGGCGCUGUGUUCAUUUUCUAAAGAAGAAAAAUGCGAGUAUCUGCAAAAUGCGUAUAGCGCCGGCGUCCGAAACAUCGAGAUGGAAUCUUCAGUCUUUGCCGCCAUGUGCCAUUUAUGUGGGCUUAAAGCCGCAGUGGUCUGCGUGGCUCUACUUGACAGGCUACAGGGAGAUCAGAUCACGGAGAGUCAUGCUGUUCUAGCCGAGUACCAGAGGCGACCUCAGAAGCUGAUUGCAAAGUUCAUCAAGAAGCAGCUAAACUUGUGCACAUAGCUGUAGCUGUGCCCGAUUCUAGACCACUCUCGGGCUCAUUACAUAUAUUGUACCUGUGAUGGGCUUAACUUGUAUAUAUUGUACAUAUUCUGAAAGAAAUGACUAUAUUGCACAGCUCUUCUCUGCUCUCCAAUGAAUG